AAAGCAGAUGGCCGGAACGAACUGUCAAUAAGUGAAGCGAAGUGACAAAGUGACAUGACGUGGUCGGUGUCGAAAAAAAGAAUAGAAUAGAAGCGGUGUUUUGGUCGGCUUUAUAAUUUACGUACAAAUUGUAUCAAUUCAUUAAGACAAAAUGGCUUUGAACAGCGCGACGUCUUUCGUCAUAUCAUCGAUAUUAACCCUCCUGAUAUUUUCGGGAAUGCAAAUGUACAAACCUUGGCUGGUUAGAUCGCCCAUGACCAUUAUAUUCGGAGGCUACCUUGGAUCUGUUAUGUUCAUGUUCUUCGUUACUGCCAUAGGUAAUCUAGAGGCAACUUUGUUUGGGAAGAACUUCCAGUUGAAGCUGCCAGAGAUAGUGCUGUCUAUGGCAGUGUCACUUAUUGCUGCGGGAAUGGUGCAUAGGAUUUGCUUCACAACAUGCUUGAUAUUUUCAAUAAUCGUCAUUUACUACAUGAACAAGUUGUCACAGAAGACUUAUGCAACUACUGCACCAGUUGCUGCACCAACCAAGGCUCGUCGCCACAAGUGAUUAUCUCAAUAAGUCAAUUUUAUAAUAUUUUAUAAUAAAGUAAUUAACUCAUA